AGAGAGGGGUCGUAGUAGAUCAAUUGAAAAGAAAGAGAAUCAACCUCAUUCUUGUCCCAAACCACUUCUCCCUCUCUCAGAUCGGUGGCGAUCGAACGAACAAGACGACGACGACGAGUUCGACCAACAGAGCGAGCGCAACUGCCCAAGUCCCGGGCACCAUCACCACCACCACCACAGCUCGUCACCAAAACCAACAAACUCCUCCCGCACAAUGGGUUUCGGCGCCAAGGAAAAGACCCCCGAAGAGGUCGCGCAUAUCCCGCCCCAGCUGUCCGACCUGCACUGCUUCACGGAGACGGAGGGGGUCAUUACAACCACCAUGAUGGACCUUCCGGGAUACCGCGUCGAAAAGGUCCUGGGCACCGUCUACGGCAUCAGCGUGCGGUCGCGCAACAUCGCGGCCAGCCUGGGCAUGGUGAUGAAGAGCUUCGCGGGCGGGGAGCUGCGGUGGUUCACGUCGAUGCUCUACGCGUGCCGCAACGACUCCAUCGGCCGCGUCGUCGACGAGUGCAAGCGCCGCGGCGGCAACGCCAUCAUCUGCCUGCGCUUCGACGCCGGCGACAUGGGCGGCUUCGCGCAGACGGCCGCGUACGGCACCGCGUGCGUCGUGCGCCGCGUCGAGGGCGCGACGGUCGAGGUGCCAUCGCAGCUGGCUGGCGGUGCUGGUGAGGCGGCGUGAUUGACACCUAUACUGUGGGUAUAAGCAGGUAACCUGGGGGGGGGGGUUUAUUACUACACCUUACCUUAAACAGCGUACGAAAGGUACUAGGUAUUGCUGCUGCAACGACGGGGCAGUGCGCGUGGAUGGUUGGGUAGGUGGGUGGUACUCAUGUGGGCAGAGAACUGAUGGUGGUGGUGGUGGUGGUGGUUGACUGACGGAGGAUGAUGACUGUUGGAUUUGUCAGGUUUGUUGGAGAGAUACCCUUCUUUCUCGUGUCAUGUCCAUGUACGUUGUCAAGUAUGCAUGGACAAUAUGGCAUGUCUGGAAUAGAAAUCUGCUUGCUUUCUCAUGGACCGAUGAAAGCGACCGCGCGCGCGUCGUCGUCGGCAACAAACUUCGGG